CUCGCGGCUGUGGACGGCCACCAUUGUUGAAACACUGCUUUGGUUGAUGCCCUGGACGAUUUUCGGGCCGAAAAAUCGUAAAUUCACCCGUGCCCGACGGCGGAAGGGCCUCGCUGCGGUAGGACCUGCGCAUACGCUUAAUCACACAUCACAAGGAGAGGAGCUUGACAAACCUCUGUAUCAUUAUUCGCCCGUUCACAAUAUAUAUAUAAAUGAGGCGUAUACUGGCAAUUCGUAUCUUCAAGAUGGUGUGACCUGUUACAAACCUCCUGUUGUUCCCAGCAAUGGGUUACACGCGUCUCACGUUGCGCCACGAUGGGCGCUACCGUACGAUUUCAUGCAGUGGGAUGCUGAAAGAUUGAUAGCACACAACGCUGUGUACGACGCAUAUGAGUUACAUCACAAGGACAAAAGUACCACGGAAUCCGACGACUUGGGUUCCGAGUAUUCCGCCGAGUUGUUACACAAUGACAGCAUAGUGAAUUCUAGUGUAUUGACUGGUGCAACUGAUGAAUCACUGUCCGGACACACGGGAAAGCUGUCGGGGGAAGUGCACGCGACUAGUUCGAGUGACUGUCGGAAGGAUCUCAUCGAGAGGACCUUUAAAUUAUUAGGUAUCGACGAACGGACGGUAUCCUUGUGUCGCAUCGCGGGAGAUCAAACCAGACUGUCGGCUGGAUCGCGGGGAAAGGUUUCUCAUCGCGGCGAAACGGACAUCGAUACCUCCGGCAACCGUACGUCGAAGCACUCGACCGCCGACACGAACCACGACGCUCUGAGAAUCGUGUCGGACAUUAUCGAGCAGUGCGAGAGAGCCUUCGACGACUGCGCCACUACCGUGUCGGAUAAUGAGCCGCUUGAUUUAGUAAUCAAUUCUAAGAGAACUGCGUGCAGUCGUACCGCUCACGGCGAGGCGACAGAUCGACCCGAGUACUUAUCGGUCAUCGAUAAAGAGACGCUUCCAGUGAGCGGUGCCGUUUUAAAGGAAACAAACCAUUCCCCCGAUGCGCAUGGUUGUCGCAAAGGUGUAAAGUAUAAGAAUUUCGGUUUGCUACAAUUCUCCGACCUGGACAAGGUAUCAUGUAACACGGACAGGGGCAAGGAAUUACUGAGGGCCGUCGAUAAUCUGCACGAUGAGAUAAACGAGAGAGCUGUAACGGGCGACAAUUUGAAGUUAGAGAAGGCGUACGACAUUCUGGACAAGUACGUGACGCACGUGUUGUCUUUGCGUUUGAGCGACGCCAAGCGGAAGGAACUGUCCUGGACGACGCAUGCACGGCCGGGCGUUAAAUGUAACAGCAUCAAGAAGGAGUACGCCACCGAGGAGGAAGCACACAAGAUAGAGAGCACUGUCUAUAAUACAAGAUUAAACAAUUGGGAGUAUCUCGAGAUGUCAGGACAGUACCCGGGACAUGGCCGACCACCGGUUGGCACGCCUCCGCCUCCGCACACUGUCUGGAACCUCACUAUGACGCAGGGUCAAGUUUCAGGUCUCAAUAUUCACCCGACGGCGUUGUCCGGCGCGGCGCUGAGUCCGGCCGCCUUUUACACGCAGUCCAUCAGCCGGACGUCUCACCUGACUCCGCAGCACGCUCACACGCAAGCGCCGACGUGGCACACGCCCACGGUGCCCCCGAAGAACAUCACGCCGGCGAGCACGACGAGCACCCCCCUGUUCAAUCUGCAGAUGCUGGUGGAUAGGCCGAACCAAAAUCAGUACAGAAACUCGCCGGGCUCGCAGAGCACGCUGGACCUCUCGUCUACGUCGGAGAUCAUCCCGGAGAAUUACUCACGGAUACCUCAGGAUAUUCCCAUCAGUUUGACCGCGAGGAACGUCGACAAGGGCAGUCGGAAUGGCAACAUAAUCUCACCGCCGAUACCGUUGAACGGCGAGACCUCGUCGGACAGCGGUAUCAGCUCCUCCGUGCCGACUCCGAACUCCGUCAGCGAGCCGGUCUCGUUAUCGACGAAGGAGGUCACCACACCUAAGAUAACGGUGAAGAAUUUCGAGAGCAACUUGAAGGGAGUCGCGAAUCUCCACGAUAAGAUUAAGGAAAUGAAUGUAGAUAAUUUUACGCAGAAAAUGAUCAACUUACCGCCCAGCGUGACGAUAGAGAGGGUGGUCGCGGAGAAGAAGGAGCCCGAGACGGCGGUGGUGGCGGCGGCGAAAGCCAAGGACACGUUGAGUGUGAUCGCGCAAGUGCCAAGGAACGUCUUACCCGUCAUCGUGAAUCGCACGGCCAAGGAGAAGGAUGUUACGGACAGUCCCAAGAGGGAAUCGUCCUCCGAGAGGGACAAGAAGCUCGACGAGACGAGCGUGAGGUCGCCGAAGAGCCUGCCGAAGAGGGGCAAGAAGGGCGUCGAUUCUCUACUGGAGAAGCUGGAGGGCGGUAACAAGAAGCUCGGCAGUACGGAGAACAUCGGCUCGGUGAUCGUGACGCCGGUCGAGGAGAAGGACAGCUCGAGCGUGAAGAGCAUGUCUCCGGAGCGACAGAAGUCCAAGUCGCCGAAUCGGGAGGACGAGGUGGUCUCGCCAGCGUUCAGCAACGACGACUCGAACGACAACACGAAGCAACAGCGUAGGAAAAGAAAGCUCGAGAAGCCGGUGAGGCUCAGUAAGGACUCGAAAACGGAGGUCGAGGACAUGGAGCUCGAGCCGACGGAACCCUCGGAACCGAGGGCCAUCAUCGACCCGGUGCUGCUGGAAGAGACCGCCAACUCCUCCUCCGUAUCGACGACGCCCGGUGCCAAGGCGGAAGAGGAGCACCGGCAACCGGUCGCCGCGGCGACGACGGCGGAGGAGAGAAUACCACCGAGUGAGAAAGCGGCGGAGGACGAGAGGUCGGAGGAGGAGGAGAGCCAGCCGAUCCAAAGGCGGCGGAGUUGCGAAGGUACGGCCAGUAACUCGGCGAAUCAGAGGGUACGGAGAAAAUCGAGCGACGACGCGUCGUCCACCGAGUUCGCGAAGGCGCUGCCGAGUCCGAAGAACAACGCGACGAACAACAACAAUAACGCGACGAACUCGUUCAACGAGGUCGAGUCGGAGCUCGAGAAGAUGUUCGCCGGUAUCGUGGAGACGGACUCGAAUAUCAAGAGCGAAGAAUCAAAAGCGGAACUGGCGAGCGCGGAGAUCCAAGUCGGCGACGACGACGCGAGCGUGAAGCUCGAGGGCCUCGAGAACAAUAUUCUGCCGACGACGAGCGCAAACCCGAGCGCCAAUCCCAUCGACGUGUCCUCCACGGUGGACGCGAAGCUCUCAGGGAAGAAAGGCAAGAAGGGCAAGGCGCAGGGCCGCAAGCGAAAGAUCUCCAGGUCGUCGGAGAAUAUUUUCGGCACGGCGAGCGACGCCCUGAUGAAGGACGUGAAGAAGAGGCGGACGUCGAAAGGCUUGAAGAAGCAGGAACAGUCGAAGAAGGCGAAGCGCAACACCAAGAUCGACGGCCUGAGGGAGAUGGCUUACGAUUCCGGCUCGAACGCCAGUUCCAUCAGGUCGCGGGGACCGGUCGUGCACGUGGAGGGCCCGAGGGACAGUCCGCUGAGCAUCCAGGUGGUCAACGCGCCCCGGGAGGAGGAGGAGGAGAAAAACAAAGAGAAGAGGAAAAGCAACGGCAAUGGGAACGCGGGACGUGGCAGCAAGAGGCUCAGUCACCAGAACGAUUUGGAUUACAGAGGUAGAGUCAACAACGCGGGCCUCUUCAGUUCGACCCUGUCGUCGCGAUAUGACGCGCACACACCGGACUCGACGUGGGUCUGCGUGUUCUGCAAACAGGGUCCGCACUCCGUCAUACCCGGCGAUCCGUCCAGACCGCACCCGAAUCUGGCCGGACCGCAUAUCGAUCCCGGCACGUACACGGUGCCGGCGGGUGUAUCGGGCGACUUGUUCGGGCCGUAUUUGAUCGGCAAAGACCGGUUGGAGGAUGGCAAAGAGCGGUUGGAGGACGGCAUCCUGUCCGCCGACGAGCAGGAGAUCACCAGGGAGCAGAAAAAGGGCGGCAAGAACAAGAGGAGCCUAAGGUACGCGGGCCUCGCCGACCAGUUCUCUGCCAAGAUGGGCAAGAAGAAGCGUAACUCCGUCGAGAGCAACACGAACGCCAUGUUCACGGGCAUGACCAUGCUUCCCGGUGAAGAGCAACGCUGGGAGGUGUGGCUACACGAACAGUGCGCGGUGUGGGCGGCUGGAGUUUACAUGGCGGGUGGCAGAGUGACGGGACUGCAGGAAGCGGUGUGGGACGCCGCCAAGUCGAUAUGCUGUUCCUGCGGCCUGACGGGCGCGAACAUCGGUUGCGUGAAACGAGGCUGCAAGGCCGUCUCGCACUAUCCUUGCGCGCUAACGAAAGGUUGGCACCUCGACACGAAUCAGUACAUACCUAAGUGCAACCUUCAUCGAGUCACGUGAAACACCGGUGAGUCCCCGACGGUCGUGUACAGGUUGUAACGUGGAUUUAGGUCGUAUUCAUUAUAUCAUGUGACGAGAUCCGGCUUUAAUUAGAAUGCACCGAAUAAUGGGCAAUAACACAACGUAAGGGACUAAGUAUAUAAAAAUUCAUUCAUGACUGAAGAAGAUAGCCUUACUAGUUAGUAAGGUAUGUUCUAGUUAACAAAGCGUGGAGCAAAACAUUCUCUCAUCGUGUAAUCGAAACACAAUCGCUCGCGUGUGCGGUGUAAGAGUUGCGUUGUGAUCGGGACUUAGGAAUACCAUAAGUAAGUAAGCGGCGAAGUAAAACCGACCGGAACCUACAAAUAAUAAAUCUAACGCUGAAUCGAUACUCUGGUUUUCCUCUCUGUUUUAACAGAUAGAAACUGAUUUCUUUCUCCUUUUGGCAACAAGUGCGCGGGGAGAUGUUUCGAGGCAACGCUUUGUGUAUCGUUUGAUACAUAUAAGUGCAUCCUGAAGAGGGUGAAAGUAUAAGUGUGAGAGCGAUUAUACUGAUUUCCAGACACGUAUAUAGAAUCAAUAUGCUCGAGAAAAGAAAGAAUAAAAAGAAACAGAAGACCUUCCAAUGUACAAGGUGUUUACUGCGAGAUCACUAUUUAAAUGUCUCUGAGAAUUCCAAAAGAAAAGAUAGAAAAAAAAUAAGAUACGCGGGACGAACGUGAAUGUGAAGAAGUAAAAAUUCUUCUCAUUGAUUGUGAAUUUAAUUGAUUUUCUUGGCCUGUGGCCUUGAACAGUGGCCUUUUCGACUUAAUAUAAAAAGAAAAGCAAGAUUUUUUUAAUUUUGAAUCUGUAGAAUAGACGGAUCGCUAUUGAGGAACAAUGAUAAUCAAAAAAGAAAAAAACGAAAAAAAAGGGGGAGAAAGAGCAGCGAGGGGGAGGAGGAGAGAGGGAAAAAAUGUUUGCUUUUUUACUCAUCUUUACGAAACUUGAAAACACGACAAGCUUUCCUAACAUCAUUGUACACAGGAAUACAUACAUAGGGCAUAUUGUACCAAAUCGUUAUCGAACUUGAUGAAAGCUAUAAAAAAAAAA